AUGUCAUAAGAAAAAUUAUUGUAGAAUAAUGAAGAGGAGACUUAAUCAUAUGCUCUUCAAUAUUAAAAAUAAAAAUAAUAGAACAUUUCUUCUGAUGAUUAAUAAUUUGAAGUUUAAGAUUCAUAAAAAGAAGAAUUAUUAAAAAAGAUAGAAAUAUUGGAAAGUAGAUUAAAGAAUACAAUUGAUGAUAAACCAUAUAGUGAAUUAAUGAGAAUAUUAAUUUGGGAAGCAUUAGGAACAGCAUUUUUUGCUUAUGGUAUAGUUUGUUCUAGAGGAAAUGAUGUAAUGUUAAGUGUAUAUUUAUUUGGUGCAAUAUUUUUAAUUGGUAAAAUUACAGGUGGACAUGUAAAUCCAGCUGUUUCAAUGUCUUUUUAUAGUUCUAAUGAAAUUAGUGCAUUUACAAUGAGAAUAUAUUGGACAGCUUAAGUAGGUGGAGCAAUUGCAGGAGCUUUAGCAGCAUUUGUAAUUGUUGGAAGAGUUACAUCUCCUUAUAUAGAAACUUAACCAAUUGAAUGGAUGAUAGCAGAUUUUUGUGGAGAAGUAUAUUUAUUAAUUAAUUAUUAAGGCACUUGGAACUUUUAUUUUUUGUUUAUUUAUUCAUAUUUAAGUUCAUCCUUAAACUUAAUUAACAGAUAAUAAUUUAAUAGGUAUUGGAAUUAUUGCCACUGCUUUAUAUUUUGGAAGAAUUCUUACUUAUCAUACAGGAGGUAAAUAUUUUAUAUUAUUAAAGGUUGUUUAAAUCCAGCUAUGGGUGUAGGAUUAGGAAUAUUUGAAUCUUUGUAAGAUGGUAAUUGGGAUAGAUUAAUUAAUAUAUGGAUAUAUAUUUUUGGCCCUUUUUCUGGAGCUUCAUUAGCUUCUGAAUUCUAUAGAAGUGUAUAUGUUGGAUUGUUACCAAAGAAAUCAUGAUAUAUCAU